AUGCUCUCUUUCACCUUGUCUUUCUUUCACCCUUGUCUUUCUUUCUUUCUUUCUUUCUUUCUUUCUUUCUUUCUUUCUUUCUUUCUUUCUUUCUUUCUUUCUUCUCCACCCACUUUCUUUCUUUCUUUCUUUCUUUCUUUCUUUCUUUCUUUCUUUCUUUCUUUCUUUCUUUCUUUCUCCAGCCACUUUCUUUCUUUCUUUCUUUCUUUCUUUCUUUCUUUCUUUCUUUCUUUCUUUCUUUCUUCUCCACCCACUUUCAUUCUUUCUUUCUUUCUUUUUUCUUUCUUUCUUUCUUUUUCUUUCUUUCUUUCUUUUCUUUCUUCUCCACCCACUUUCUUUCUUUUCUUUCUUUUUUCUUUCUUUCUUUCUUUCUUUCUUUCUUUCUUUCUUUCUUUCUUCACCCACUUUCUUUCUUUCUUUCUUUCUUUCUUUCUUUCUUUCUUUCUUUCUUUCUUUCUUUCUUCUCCACCCACUUUCUUUAUUUCUUAUUCUUCUUUUUGUGUUUCUAUCUAUCUAUCUAUCUAUCUAUCUAUCUAUCUAUCUGUCUGUCUGUAUGUCUGUGUGUCUUAUGUGUCUAUCUAUCUAACCAGCUAUUUAUUUAUGUCUAUCUAUUUAUCUAUCUAUCGUUGUCUGUUCAUAUCUAUCUAUCUAUCUAUCUAUCUAUCUAUCUAUCUAUCUAUCUAUCUAUCUAUCUCUAUUUAUUUAUGUCUAUCUAUUUAUCUAUCUAUCGUUGUCUGUUCAUAUCUAUCUAUCUAUCUAUCUAUCUAUCUAUCUAUCUAUCGUUGUCUGUUCAUAUGUUCAUAUCUAUCUAUCUAUCUAUCUAUCUAUCUAUUAGUUUCUUUAUUUUUUGUUUAUUCGUUUGAAUCUAUCUAUCUAUCUAUCUAUCUGUCUCUAUUUAUUUAUGUCUAUCUAUUUAUCUAUCUAUCGUUGUCUGUUCAUAUCUAUCUAUCUAUCUAUCUAUCUAUCUAUCGUUGUCUGUUCAUAUCUAUCUAUCUAUCUAUCUAUCUAUCUAUCUAUCUAUCUAUUAUUCAUACUUAUCACUAUUUAAUUUCAAUUUUCUCAUUCUUUCUUUCUUUCUUUCUUUCUUUCUUUCUUUCUCGGCCUCUUCAUUAUCUAUCAUCAUUUCACGACUUUCUUUCUCUAUCCGCCACUCCUGCUCAUAUCUAUCUAUCUAUCUAUCUAUCUAUCUAUCUAUCUAUCUAA